GGGCAGGCAACUCGUCCAAGCUGAUCCCAGGCGUCGUAACCACCUGAUGAUUCGCCCCAGCGCGCUGAGGGAGAAAAUCGUUUGGUCUCUCACCGAAACCUCCAGGCCUUGGCUAGCUAGGCAAGUCAGUCACUCCGUGGGACCGUCACACCGCUACUGGCCUGCGCGGAGAGGAGAAGGAAGGAGAGCUAGAACCUAGAUCUUGUGUGCCACUUGUUUCAACUGUCAACAAAAUCGAAGAAGAAGAAGUAAAAAGAAUAGGGAGUAGAAGAAGUAGAAGAAGUAAAAGAAAUAGAAGUGGAGAAGUAGAAAAAUUAAUAAUUAGAGGAAAGCAACAAUUCCGGCCGCUGCGUCGAUCGUGUUAAUUACACCUUUAUUGUGUCUGUGCGCGUGUACGUAAACCUUCGCUUCUACGUUGGUUUUUUUUCCCCUUUCUUUCUUUCAUCUCAACACUGUGCGUGUUUGUGGAAAGGCCUGUGAGUAAGUUCGUUUGUCAGCGUGUACGACGGACGUGGCUGUUUGGACAAAAACAUUCUUUCUCUCACUUCGUCAAGGAUUGACUGACCACAACGUCGUUCAACUGGUCAGAAAUAUAUUUAUUGUUGACAACAAAUCGUCGUCACAGUGGUCAGAUGGUGUCGACCUGUUUUGUGUGACUGAAGUUCGGCCUCAGCAGAGUGAUGAUACAGGACAGAAUCUCAACUUGUGCAGGACUCUUCAACAGUUACGUCGUUGUGACUUCUUCUUGAAUAUUUACGAGAGACAAGGUACAUUUUAUAUACGUGAGUUGUUUUUUUUUUUUCGCCCAGUCUGUAACUGCAGCUAUUCUGACUUUCUCAAUUAAAAAAAAAAAGUCUCGGAGCGAAGAAUCUUUCAGAGGCACUCCGAAGUGCUAAGGAACAAGUUUUUCAAAGUGAGACUUCUCCUGAAAAAGUAAACGUUCUCUAAAUAAAUUUCAUGUGUUGGACUUUUGUGAUUUCUCAAGCUUCUCGGAUUCUAAAGAUAAGAACCCAAGACUUUAAAUGUUCAAGGAACGGAAUAUAACCAGGGCGGGUUAUUCUUCUGCACUCUUGUCACCCUCCCAGUCUUCAUCAACGUCUUCGUCAACAGUUCAUGACGGUCGAGCUUAUAAUUUGACCAUCAGCCAAACCAUUGGCUUAUUUCAACGUCAUACCCCGGGCACAGGUCUGUGUUCGUGAAUCACCAUCUCAGCUUUCAUCAUACCCCCCCCCCCGGCCACUCCACCCCCUUCUGUGGUCUGUUGACCCACUAACCACUGACCCACUGACCAGUGACCAGUGACCACUGAGCAGCGCCACCAAUGAUGACCGAGUCGGACCUGGUGUCUCCCACCUCCACGUCUGCCCCUCACGAGCUCAGCCCGGGCAGGAUGGAGGAGAAAACUUCCUACAGAAAAACUCACAGUAUUCCAAGCUGGAAAAGGCUGACAUCCUAGAACUCACUGUGAAACAUCUGAAAAAUGUGCAGAGAUACCAGGUCUCUUCUUCUCUCACCCAGACCCCAGACGCCAUCAGCAAGUACCGCGCAGGGUUCAACGAGUGCGCGAACGAGGUCAUACGGUAUCUAGGUCAGUCACAUGGGGUCAACGACGAAGCCCGCUCCAGGAUCCUCUCUCAUUUAGCCUCCAUUCUGACCCCCAUCAACACGCUGCCCCUUCAGCAGGCCCACCACCACACACCCAUACUCCCAGCGCCAUCCUCCUCCGUCGUGGCGGCGUCACAACAGCAGCAACUACAGCAACAGCUUCAACAGCAACAUCAUUUCCACCUCCAACAGCAGCAACAGCAGCAUCAGCAGCAUGCAGCGUAUCUUAGCGCUGCUAGCCAGGGUCUGACUCUCGACAGCAACAACAACAACAGCAGCAGCAACAACAACAAUAACAACAACAGCAGCAAUAUCAACAGCAAGUCCAUCAAACUGGAAACUUCCUCCUACGCCACUCACAGUUCCGCAGUAGUCAAAUCGGUGGGGAGAGAGGCCACCGCCAUGAAUCUAGCCACGCCCACCCCUGACGUCACCUCGGCAAACUCCGCCUCCCCGACCGCCUUCCAAGCGCCCAUCGUGAGUGGAGUGACAGCAGCACCCCCUGGAGGCCUCCAGCUCCCGUGUAUCGCCACCGCUGCCAUGGCAACCGGCACGCAGUUCCAGCUGGUGCCCAGCGCCCUCCCCUCAGGCCAGCUAGCGCUAGUCCUAGCCCCACAACACGUCUCCGCCCUCAACAUGGGCGUCUACACGCAGCAGCAGCAGCAGCAGCAGCAAGCCGCGGCAGCGACUCGAACCCCGCUCCUCCACGACGCUGCACAGUCACUACCACCACCACCACCACCGCCGCCGGCACCACACUCUCAGAAUCAGAAGGUGACUACAGCUGGGACGCGAAUCCCCCUUCUUCACGACACGACUUCGACGAUGCAUCGCUUGCAUCAACAUCAUCAUCAUCAGCAACAACAUCAUCAGCAACAGCAGCAGCAGCAGCAACAACACCCACACAGCAGUGUCCUAGAAGACGGGAAAAACCGCCUCCCAUCAAACCUCCGUAACGAGAGCCCCAUGUCUCUGGUCACCAAACACCCCCGCUCCCCGAAACUGACCGGAACCCCUCCCACAACCACGGCCGUCCAGCCGUCACCCUUACAACACCAAGAGGUCAGUCAAGGUGGAGGUCAAGGUGAGCGAUCAGCAGCGGUUGAGCAGUCCACAGCAGCUCGGGCUACUGUCACUACGUCACCAAACCAUGUGACCUCCCACCAGGCUUCGUCUGCUUCUUCUCGAGACUCGGGAAAGAAAACCGAGACUGAUAUGGACACUGAUGACAACGACAACAGCAACAUCCACAGAAAUAUCAUCAACAAGAACACCACUGCCAACAACAACAACAGCAAUAACAACAACAACAACAACAAAAACAAUGCAAAUAACAAUGUGAUGCGAGGAACGACGAAAGAGAACGAUCCAAUGUGGAGACCGUGGUGAAGACUGAGGACGAUAUCACUUGGGGAGAUUGAUGUGAAAAAGUUUUAGCAAGACUGACAGUUAGAGCUGUUCGACACUUGCAACUCAAGAAGGUCAUACUCGUAUAAGAGCCGAAGAGAAGAGGUGUUACACAAAGAAGAAGGAGGAGGAGAGAUCUAGAUAAGGACGAUGCAU